AUGACUGCUUCACGCAACAACAGCGUUGAUCGCAAUGAGCCCACCGACGAGAAGGCCGAGAUGGCCUGCAUCGAAGACACUGUUGCCCGCGUUGGCCCUAUUCCUCCCACCGAGAUCCAGGCUCGAUUUCCUCUUCUUCGGGAUCUCUCGCCAGAGCGUAUGGAUGAGUUGAACAAACGGGUUCGCAGCAAGAUUGAUUGGCACAUGAUGCCUGCUGUUACACUCAUGUUCCUGAUGAACUACCUCGAUCGCAUCAACGUUUCCAACGCUCGUCUUGCUGGUCUCCAGGAAGAUCUCAAGAUGGACGAUACCAUCUGGAACACAGGCAUCUCCACAUUCUACGUCGGUUAUCUCAUUGGCCAACUCCCCGGCAAUCUCCUCAUGGCCAAGACCAACCCCAAAUUCUUCCUCCCCACCAUCAUGCUCAUGUGGAGCGCGGGAACCAUCUGCAUGCCCGCCAUGACCAGCGGCGCCGGUUUCUGCACUGUUCGCUUCUUCAUCGGCUUGAUGGAGGCUCCUUUCUUCCCUGGUCUAACUCUCAUGACAUCCUGCUGGUACACCAAAGAAGAGAGUCCCUUCCGGAUGGCAAUCUGGCACGCUGGCAACACUAUCUCCAAUAUCAUCUCUGGUUUCUUGGCUGCUGGUAUCCUCGAGCAUAUGGAUGGCAUUGCCGGUAUGCACGCUUGGCAGUGGUUCUUCCUCAUUGAGGGUAUUGCUUCCAUCCUUGUCGCUGUCGUCUCCUACUUCGUCCUCCCCUCGUGGCCCAACGAUACCAAGUUCCUUACCGAGCAGGAGCGUGAGAUGGCCCAAUACCGAAUCCUCGUUUCUAACGGUGGUGUCGAUGAGAAGCUAGGUGGAACUUGGGAUGGUGUCAAGGAUGCAGUCCGUGAUCCCUUUACCUGGUAUUUCUGUCUCAUGCACUUUGCCCUGGUCACCGCUCAGAGCUUCAAGGAUUUCCUCCCCUCUAUCAUGAACACUUUCGGCUUCAACAAGAUGACCACAUACCUCAUCCAGGCACCUCCCUAUGCCCUCGCGUACAUCUCUGCUUGUCUCAUCGCCUGGUCUUGCGGUCACUUUAUGGAGUCAACCUACCACGUCGUCAUCCCAAUCAUCCUCUCUGCAGCUGGAUGUGGUAUCCUCAUCGGCACCAUCAACGUCGCGGCUCGAUACAUUGGUAUCAUCUUGCUAGUCUGCGGUACCUACAACGGUCUGAACUUGCAACUCUCCUGGGAGACAACCGUCGUCCCUGCUCCCCGUGCCAAGAAGGCUGCUCUUAUCGCCAUCGCCAACUGCAUCAGCCAGGUCAGCCAUUGGUUCAGCCCCUACUUCUACCCCCGAAGCCAGGAGCCCUUCUACCGCAUGGCAGGUGGUCUUCUCCACCUCGGUUGCGCCUUGACUGUCGUCUCGGCCUUCCUUGUCAGGUGGAGGGCUAUCAAGCUUAACAAGAAGCUGGACGAGCAGGAGGGAUGGACCCCCAACUCUGGUGUCGAGCGUGGCUGGCGGUACAAAUACUAA